CGCUCACCCAAUAAUAAAACAGUAUUCUUUUAUCUCACUUGAACAGGGCUUCAGAGACAAACCGAACACAUGGAAACAGACGCUGAUGGAGAGGACUGCGGAAGACCAGGACCAGCCUGGAACUCAAAUCCACUUUUACAACCAGAGACCGACAAUAGUGUUGAUAGCGAUGUUUGGAAGGACGCCAGCGAAAGUCGGUCAGGUUUAAACUCCCUGGACCGUGAGGAGGUUCACGUCAGUGAUGACAAAGAGUCGUUUAGCUGUUUUGAGUGUGGGAAAAAAUUUGGAACAAAGCAACAUCUGAAGAGACACAUGAAGUCUCACACGGGAGAGAAGCCUUUCAGCUGCACGGUUUGUGGUAAAAUCUUUAUACAGAAGGUGCAGCUGACGGAGCACAUGAGAACUCACACAGGUGAAAAGCCUUUCAGCUGUUCGGUGUGCCAGAAAGCGUUUGCACGCAGGCAGCAUUUACAGAGACACGUGAUGAUCCACACGGGAGAGAAGCCUUUCAGCUGCUCGGUUUGCGAUCAGGGAGUUUUGAGCAAAGAACACCUGAAGACGCACAUGAGGACGCACACGGGCGAGAGACCGUUCAGCUGCUCGGUGUGCGGUAAAGCUUUCAUUGGGAGCGGGAAUCUGAAAAGACACAUGAGGAAUCACACGGGAGAAAAGCCUUUCAGCUGCUCGGUGUGCGACAAAAGCUUCGGACAGAAGGUGCAACUGACGCAGCACAUGAGGGUCCACACGGGAGACAAGCCCUGCGUCUGCUCGGUUUGUAACCUGAGGAUCUUGAGCGAGGCACAUCUUAAGGUACACAUGAGAACGCACACGGGGGAGAAGCCGUUCAGCUGCUCGUUUUGUGGCAAAGGUUUCACCCAGGCAGGGAACCUGACGCACCACAUGAGAGUCCACACGGGGGAGAAGCGAUUCAGCUGCAGUGUUUGUGACAAGACGUUCGCCUGGCUGAGUCAGGUCAAAACCCACAAAUGUGUUGGUCGUCCGUGCUCACAGCAAACUCAAACGGAGGAGGACAGAGAGGCAGAGCCUCCAGCCAGCAGAGGAACUCAACACAUGGAAACAGAAGCUGAUGAAGAGGACUGUAGAGGACCAGAACCAGCCAGGAACUCACAUCUACUUUUACAACAAGAGACUGAAGAACAGAUUGGAAACUCUGCUGAACCUGAGACUGAGGACAGUAAUUUUUUGAAAGAGAGAAGUGUGUGUUUGUCAGGUUUAAACUCUCUGAAACAUGACGAAGUCACUCAAAGCGAUGAAACAUUAAACAACACUCCCGUGCAGAUCGACCGUAGGAGUCAAAUGGGAGAGGGACAUUUUACAGAAGCAAGAAGUCUGAGGCGACACAUUAAAGAGGAACAGGAGGAACUGUAUAUCAGUCAGGAGAGAGAGCAGCUUCAAGGGCUGGAGGAGGCUGAUAUCACCAAGUUCCCAUUCACUCCUGUCCCUGUGAAGAGUGACGAUGAUGAAGAGGAAGCUCAGUCCUCACAGCUUAAACCGAGACAAACUCAACACAUGGAAACAGAAGGUACCUGUGAUGUUCUGAAGAAGAGCGGAGAACCUCCGUCAGGUUUAAUCUCUCUGAAGAUGCCGGCGAUGGAGCCAUUAAACCCCAGACUCGCAUCCACUGUGUCGGCUUCAGCUUCCUGUUCCUCCGACGGAGAGCAUUUUUACCAGCGUCCCUGGCAGCACCCGGACAUAGAGAUCCGCGACGUGACGCCGGAGGAACACCUGAAGCUCCUCUGGAUGAGCCAGGGCCGGGCGGAUCGCUACGGCUGCUCGCUGUUCCGGUUCAUCACCCCGGAGGAGAAAUACCGGGCGUGGUGCGUCACAACAAACUGGGACGGGUCCAGAGGGAAGUGGGCACUCCCGAGGAACCUGAAGGCGUUUCUCCUGCACACCCUGCACCAGAGGUUCCAACCCAUGGCGGCGAGAGAGGAGAAGAUGCUGAUCGACAGCGUCAAUGAGGUGCUGCGGACGCCGCGGCAGUUUUCCAUGGGACUGAUGCCCGAGGCUGACGGCUCCCAAACUGCAACCAUUCAAUCAGUCGACUCAUCCGACAGAUCAUCACCAUCCCCAACGGCGUAGCGUCAACCUUUCAGCGCUCACACCGCCAUUUCUGCAGAAAUACAUUCUCUGGUUUUUAAAAUUAAUGUCAGAAAAUGUUGUUUUUAGCUUCUCAAAUAUGGAGGUUCUCCUGCGUGUCUCUUGUUUUAUAUCAUAUCUUAACAUCUUUCAGUUUUGGACUUACAAGACAUUUAAAGACAUCAGCUUGGACUUUGAGGACCUGGGAAUGGAAAUGUUUCUCCAUUUUAUGAUAUUUUAUAGAGCAAACAAUCAAAUAAUUGAAAAAUAAUGGGCAGAUGAAUCGAUAAUGAAAUG